AUGACGACGGAUGGAUUGUUGUGCCUGGCAGUGCGAGGUCGAGGCACGCAGCAAUUGCAUUUGUUCUGCUGUGACCAGCGACUAAGCCGACAGUCGGAAGUUUCAAUUCGGGACGACGCACUCCUAGCAGACGAUUGGGCGGCUGGAUGUCUUAUAUGGGAUUACUGGGACAGACAUGGCGUCCGGGACUUUAAGACGGAGCCUUGGCACUGGGACACCCCGCCCAAGCCGGGUGCCCGAACAACAAGCGGGAGCCGCAAAGCGGCCAUGAUAAUGCCCGUUCCGCCACAGCCAAUGUGCCCAAAGGAGACACGGGUGAGUGUGAGUUAUGGCCUUGGGGUUUCACAUGAUGACCAGGGUCGGGACAUUGUCAGGUUGAAAUCCUCUGCAGUGUCGCAUGAUGUUCCAUACGGAGACCAUUUCAGCGUCGAGGAGAACAUUGAGAUGGUUCGUGAGGGUGACGGCGUCCUCGUCACGAAAUCAUUCUCUGCUGAUUUCGUCAAACGCACUUUUUUGCGGUCGAUGAUCGAGUCCAGCAUCAAGAACUCGCAAAAGGACACUUGCGAGAAGCUCAUGAGCGUCCUUCAGAGCUAUGCUGAGGACAUGUCCCCUGUCAACGUCGGAUCGCCGACUUCAUGCACUCCAAGACCGAGAUCGUCCAAUUCAGGGAUCUUCGGUAUGAUAGACGACGACGAAAGCAGCAUGGAGGAUGCAGUAUCUAUUGGCGAUGAUGGAUUCGAGUCGGCUGAAGAAGAUCCCGUCGUCUCUGCAGCUUUGGCUGGGGUGGAUGAUGAUAUGGAUGGCAGCCUCGUGUCGGCUCUUCCGUCCAUAGUUGAUUUCCUGGGUGACCUUGGCGACACCAUCUCAAGCAUUGCUGCAAACACGUGGGUCAAGCACAAUGCCAUCAAAAACGUGGACCUUCGAUGUGAGGUCUGGGAAGUGCAGAGGAGAACCACGAUGUUCCAUGAAGAUUGGCGAGCUCCCUUCCUUCCACACGAUGGGCAGAAGUACUGCGGCAGCAAUCCUUGUAGUAGCUGA